AUGUCCGACGUCCCACCAACCGAGUCCAUUCCCAAACCAGAGGAACCUAAAGAACCACAACAGUCUCCUCAGCAACCUCAGUUCCAGCAAGUACCUCCGAAUUACUACCAAUUUCCACCUCAAGGUUACUACCCACCACAAAGCUUCCCGAACUACCCUCCUCAGCCUAUGCCUUAUUUCCCCAACCCUUGGAUGUUUAUGCAAAACCCUGCCCCACAAUUCCAAUUCCAAUCUCAGUCCAAGAGAGACCAAGACUUCGAAGAAGGUCUGAACCGCUUACGCAAAGAGUAUGCUACAGCUCCAAUUGAGAGAAAGUUGUUCCCGGACCAAAAAAUAUAA